UCGGAGCGGAGACGGCAAAUGGCGGACUUUGAUACCUACGACGAUCGGGCCUACAGCAGCUUCGGCGGCGGCAGAGGGUCCCGCGGCAGUGCUGGCGGCCAUGGUUCCCGCAGCCAGAAGGAGCUGCCCACCAAGCCCCCCUACACAGCAUAUGUAGGAAAUCUACCUUUUAAUACAGUUCAGGGCGACAUAGAUGCUAUCUUUAAGGAUCUCAGCAUAAGGAGUGUGCGGCUAGUCAGAGACAAAGACACAGACAAAUUUAAAGGAUUCUGCUAUGUAGAAUUUGAUGAGGUGGAUUCCCUUAAGGAAGCUUUGACAUACGAUGGUGCACUGUUGGGUGAUCGGUCACUUCGUGUGGACAUUGCAGAAGGCAGAAAACAAGAUAAAGGUGGCUUUGGAUUCAGGAAAGGUGGACCAGAUGAAGGCUUCAGGGAUGACUUCUUAGGAGGCAGGGGAGGGAGUCGCCCCGGUGACCGGCGAACAGGCCCCCCAAUGGGGAGUCGGUUCAGAGAUGGCCCGCCCCUUCGAGGGUCCAAUAUGGACUUCAGAGAACCGACAGAAGAGGAAAGAGCACAGAGGCCACGGCUCCAGCUGAAGCCUCGAACAGUUGCAACGCCCCUCAAUCAAGUAGCCAAUCCCAACUCUGCUAUCUUCGGGGGAGCCAGGCCCAGAGAGGAAGUCGUGCAGAAGGAGCAAGAAUGAGCUUGCGGUUGGGAGGGAAUGGGGUGUGGGGGGAGUUAGCGCGAGACCACAGCCUGGCCAGCCCCCUGGGCCGGCGGUCCUGCAGCCACCAUUCCUGCGCCUGACCUUUGUCCUCCUUUCUUACAACGGAAACACAGAGCUUGUGAGCGCAUGUCAGCAGUUAACAAGUGGUUUUUAGUACAUUCUUGGCUUUGCUG